AUGCUCAGGUUGACUCAGCGUCGCAGGAAGUGGAAGAUCAUGAGAAAACGACAAGCUGUGGAAAUAGCAUGGAAUAAAAGUAAGCAACGCCUGCUUGCAAAAAACAAAAGGAAUGUCUGCAAGGCAAAGACAAUUGCUGCUGCAACAGCAGGGAAGAAAGAAGCACCAGUGUCUAAUAGCAAUGCCUCCCAGCAUGAACCAGAUCCUAUUGGGCUCAUUUCCUUAGUGAGUGUGAGGAAUAUGCUGAAUCCUCUUCAGGCUGUAGUUUCCACUUUGUACAACAGGUGGCUGAACAACAUUAAACAGGGUUUAGAAGUAAUGAAGGACACAUUAUUUCCUUCUCGUGUUUACUUACGGGAACUGAAUGCACUACGACAACAUGUUGAGGCACUUGAGAUGAAGCUAGUACAAUUGCGAGAAAUCUGCAAUGUAACCUUGGAGUCUAAUAAUUCAAAAGCUGCUGAUGCAUGUUCUUGUCGAAAAUAUGUUGAUUUCUCUCCGGGCCCUACAAAAAUACCAGUGUGGCCAGUCCAGCCAAUCAUGAGUCGUACCUUACUGCAAGAACCAUUUGGCGCACCUCCUCCCCAGCCUCCACCUCCACCACCCCCUCCUCCACUACCACCACCUUGUGUGUUUGUACAGAAACCACUGCAGAUUGAUCGGAAAACUAGGCGUGAAAAUUCUUUGCAAGCAAUCUCUAAGGAAAUUAACAGACCACCAACCAUAACCAUGAAAGAUUUGCUUAAAGUAAAACUAAAGAAGACUACAGACAGAUUUGAAAAAGAAAAGACUCUUCCUGAAAGGAUAGACAGAUCAUUAUCUGUGACGGUAAAGGAUUUACUUGAAGUGAAACUGAGGAAGACGCAGAACAAAGUAAAUGAAUUAGAGGUAAAUACACCAGGAAAGAAAAGAUCUCCUUUAGUCACAAUCUCUGAUCUACAAGGCUUUAAUUUGCAGGCAAAAGCUAACCAACUACAGAAACCAGCAUCAAUGAUAAUCACUCUACAUAAACCUGCAGUCGAUUUUCGGCAACAUCUAAAGAAAGUUGCUAUAGAAAGGAGCCCUGGUGGAACACCUCUCCAUAAAGAAAACAGGGACACUGGAACAGGAUUAACACCAGUUAUGACACAAGCACUAAAACGGAAAUUUAAGAUGGCUCAUCCCAAAAGUCCUCCUUGUUCCUUGUCUCCGAACACCAGCUUUGAUGAGCAAAAUGCGAGCUAAUUUCGAGCAAUAAGUUUUUAGUUUUAAAACUGUAACAUUUAAUGUUUGUGUGUAUAAAAAAAAUAGAUAAAUUUCAUUGAUAAAUAAUGUGCAGAUGGAUGGACCUAGCUGAAAGUGACUGUGUUGUGCUUUCCAUUAUGUUUAGUCCUAGUUAUGUUGACUGAACAUAAAAACAAGUAUAUGUGCGGUUGCUGAACUCCUGUGGUUAACUGAUGUUAACGUAAUUGCUUUUUAUACACUAUCCCCAGAGUGUAAGUCUGCAGGCUCAAGACUCGGAAAAGGAUUGAGCAAAUUUAAGGCACAUUACGAAUGGUCCAACAUUUUAAUUGUUUCUUUUUGACAAAUAACUCCAUGUCAGCACCAAACAUGCAUUUAUACUGUAAUCAUUAAUUGCCUGGCCUGUGACACUGUCACCUCUUUAUACAACACUGCUUUCAACCUUUUUACAAUUGCCAUUUAUUAAAUAUCUAUUAAUAUUGAAUUCCUGUGACCAAACAUACCAAUGUAGAAAUGAUCAUCUUCAGCUGUAGACUGUUGCCCUGAAGUUUGAUUUCUGCAAUUUAUUAGAGCUGAUAGAGUAUAGUAAUGUUUGGUCUUUGAUCCAACGUAAACCCAAAUGGAUCACAGCAGUCGAAGUUUUCAGUAAGCCAAUAGACUGCAAAUCCUCUCAUCAAAUAGCACUUUAUAGCAUUGCAGAUGCUGCAAGUAUCUUCAUAGUGCACACUUACAGCUAAUAAGUAGCUGUUAAUACUGCUUGUUAUGUGAUGGGGAUAAAGCAAUCUGGAUCACAAUUUUAAGAGUUACCACUUCCACAUUAAUAGCAAUGUAAUUGGAGAAAUUUACUGUAAUAUAAAAUAAUUAUAGCUCUAUCAUCUGAAAUAUUUUGCUAGCAAUUAGUAUCUAUCUGCACUUCACAUUUUCUAUUAAUAUGCCAGACGUUCCCACAGCAUUACUACAAUAACCAAGAUAACAAUGAUGCGGUUAGAUGUGUAUUUCAAAGAUUUGGAUGGUCAGCUUUUCUUUAUUCAGUAAAUGGAAAGAAAAUUUGUGCCCAAAAUAUUUCUGUCUACCUUUUGUCCCCUACCCAAAUAAUACUUUGGGCAUUUACUCAUGUAAAAGUCUAGUUUUGCAGACUAAUGUUUUAGCUAAAAUGAGUAAUUUUGAGGGAUUAAAAUCCACCCUGACUGUCACAAGGUGGCCAAGUUGGACACUUCCUGCCAACUCCAGCUAAAAAAGAAACUUUGACUGCAGACAGGAGGAGCUGAGCAGUCACCUUCAAUGAUGCAAUAUUGAAUGUACUCACUGCGUACUCGCCUGAAGCCAACCAUCCCCUGGCUUUUUUGGCUAUAGCUUGGGGGAUCAGCUUAUACACAAGAUCAAUAAUUACUCAAGGAUAUAUGGUAUCUCUAUUUCAAAAGGUGUUUUUACAGAAAUUAAUGUUUUCAUAAACCUCAGCUUGAGUACUGAAAUGUAGUUCUGGAUGAUAUGCUUUUUUGGAUUCAAGUUUUCAGAUGAAGCUGCUGGAUGCAGUUCUGAAUGUGUUUUGUUUUGUUUUUACGUGAAUACUGCCUAAUGUUUAACUAUGUAUAUACCUACUUAUAGUGUGUUUUCUUCCAUCUAUGUUUUUUAACGUGAUGGAGUAAAUUAUCACACACUUUUCCUAAGUAGUCGGGGUAGAGUCAAAUGAUAUAUUGUUUAAUAUCAUUAACUCUGUCUUGUGCUAAGAAUUGAAAUAUUUGGUUGUUGAGAUAGGUGUUUGUCUUUCAAACAAAAAACCAAAGAACUGCAGAUGCUGGAAAUCAGAAAAACAGAAAUUGCUGGGAAAAUCCAGCACGCCUGGCAGCAUCUGUGGCGAGAAAGCAGAAUUAAUCUUUUGGGUCCAGUGACCCUUCACCAUAACAGAUCUUUUUUGUUUUGUUUUGUUACACAGUAAGCAGGUACAAGUUACCCUGAACAAGCCCUUGAUUCUAUGUAUGUCUGGCGAAUGGAGACUGCUUGCCAUAAUCCAGUAAUGUAAGAAUUACCCACAACCCAUCUUCAGAGAAGUGCUCUGCAACAGGUUUUCCUUUUUUAACAAGUGUAUGUACUUUUAGAAACUGUUUCUAACUUUCACAACUCUUACUGAUUCUCUUAAACACCCCAACUCUAUUGUUCAAAUUAUCAAUGCCUUAUAACAGUGUUAUGCAGUUUCCAGGUGUAUAUAUUGACAGCUGCUUAGAAAUCUGAUAAAGGUCUGUCAAGUUAUAUCGAAAUCUCAAAAGCAUCUAUUAUUUGUCCCAUUUAACAUGGACACAGAAUUAAAAUCUUGUAUAUCUGAUUAAUACCAUGAUAAUGGUGUUCAGUUUGUUUAUGUUGGUUGCCAACUACUGAACAAAAUGUCUUCAGUUUGUAAACACAUUUAAUUUAAUCACCAUUGUUGUUCUGAUUACUCUCUUUCUUCUGUGUGCAAUGCUUAACUAUGUAUGGCCAUGAAGAAAUUAUACGAUUUUGAAGAAUUUGUGGAGAUUUCAUUACUCUGAUCUCUCACUUGCUUUUCCAAAUGGAAUUCCAGUGGAUUAGAGUUCUAAGAUGCUCAAUCAAUUUAUCUACUAAGAUUCAAUUUGAAUGAAGAAAUUGGAGUGUCUGUUCUGUUGAGUACAGCCUAGAAAAUGAAAAGAGCUUUUUGUCUUUUGAAUGUAAAUUUUCUGAGUGCAAGAACACUUGGUGCAUUACUCCAGUCUGGAGUCAAUGGGUGGCAUUAUCAUGGAAUCAUUUUAACUGAAAUCAUUGAGUAUUGAUCUUGUAGAUGCCACACCACAUGGAAAAGAGCAAGAGAGACGAUCCAAGCAAAAUGCUAUGCAAUACUUCAUUAUAUCAUGAAACGUUAUGAACUGUUACAAAAUGGUUUUAUAUUAAGAUCUUUGACUUAAUUUUUUUUUACCAUUUAGAAGUGGAGCUUGUGGCCAUCAUUGAUAAAGUUAUUUCAAAAAAUAGCCAAGUAAAUCCAGGUUUGAAGGUUGCACUCUUCCGAGGAUAAAAAUAGUUUUUAUCAUUUUUUAACUUUUUACAUUUUUAAUGUGUUUUGAAAUGGCUUUUAUAAAAUUUUAUGUUUAAUCUGGGCUAUAAACUGUCAAUGUUUUUAUUUAAUAAACAGUCAAUGAACA